AUGGACGACGACAAGCGCCAGUACAUGCAGAAGACUCAACUGCGCAAGCUCGCCGAGGUGAUCGAAGGCGCCGACGUGUUCCUCGGCCUGUCGGCCGGCGGCGUGCUCAAGCCCGCGAUGGUGGCGUCGAUGGCACCCAGGCCGGUGAUCUUCGCGCUGGCCAACCCGAACCCCGAGAUCGCCCCCGAGGACGCGCACGCGGUGCGCAGCGACAUCAUCAUGGCCACGGGCCGCACCGACUACCCGAACCAGGUCAACAACGUUCUGUGCUUCCCCUACAUCUUCCGCGGCGCGCUCGACAGCGGUGCGACCACCAUCACCGACGAGAUGGAGAUCGCCGCGGUGCACGCCAUCGCCGAACUCGCCCAGGCCGAGCAGAGCGAGGUGGUGGCCGCCGCCUACGCGGGUGAACAGCUGGCCUUCGGUCCCGAGUACCUGAUCCCCAAGCCGUUUGACCCGCGCCUGAUGAUGAAGAUCGCGCCGGCCGUGGCCCAGGCCGCGGCCGAGAGCGGCGUGGCCCUGCGCCCCAUCACCGACAUGGCGGCCUACCGCGAGCGCCUGCAGAGCUUCGUGUUCGCCUCCGGCACGAUCAUGAAACCGAUCUACGCCGCGGCCAAAACCGCCGCCCGCAAACGCGUGGCCUACGCCGAAGGCGAAGAAGAACGCGUGCUGCGCGCCUGCCAGAUCGUGGUGGACGAAGGCCUGGCCCGCCCCACGCUGAUCGGCCGUCCGGCCAUCAUUGCGCAGCGCAUCGAGAAGUUCGGCCUGCGCCUGCGCGAGGAACUCGACUACGACAUCGUCAACGUCGAACAGGACGACCGCUACCGCGAUUUCUGGCAGACCUACCACCGCAUGACCGAGCGCAAGGGCGUGACCCAGCAGCUCGCCAAGAUCGAGAUGCGCCGCCGGCUCACGUUGAUCGGCUCGAUGCUGCUGCACAAGGGCGAGGUCGACGGCCUGAUCUGCGGCACCUGGGGCUCCACCCACAACCACCUGCAAUACAUCGACCAG